AUGACUUGGCUAAGGCAGAGCCUGCCUACAGGCAGCCAACGCAGCAUGAACACACUCAACCGGCUGAAUCUGACUGAGCUGAGGACGUUCCCCAAUCCUCCUGCCAUCGUCACUAAUGUCUCUGCUGCUGUGCUGGUGCUGCUGUCCCCCCCUGGACGCAUCCCCAAGGACCGCAGCUGGAAGGCGGCUAAAGUGGUCAUGAGUAAGGUUGAUGACUUCCUGCAGGCCCUGGUGAACUUUGAUAAGGAGCACGUCCCUGAGGCUACGGUGCGUGUGGUGAGGGACGACUACCUGAGUGACCCCGAGUUCAACCCUGAGUUUGUCCGCCUCAAAUCCUCCGCAGCCGCAGGCCUCUGUGCCUGGGUCAUCAACAUCAUACGCUUCCACGAGGUGUUCUGCAUGGUUGAGGUGAAGAGGAUGUGUCUGUCUCAGGCAAACGCUGAUCUGACUGAGGCAGCAGAGAAACUAGAGGUCAUCAGAAAGAAGCUGGCUGAGUUGGACAACAGUCUGGACACACUGACACAGGCGUUUGAGAGAGCCACAUCUGAGAAGCUGCGCUGUCAAGAUGAAGUCAACUGUACCAACAAAACCAUUGAGCUGGCCAACAGACUGGUCAAGGGCCUGGAGUCGGAGAACGUGCGCUGGGCCCACUCUGUGGCUCAGUACCACGAGCAGGAAGAGACUCUGUGUGGAGAUGUUCUCCUCACCGCAGCCUUCAUCUCCUACGCCGGAUCCUUCUCCAAGAAGUACCGCCACGAGCUGCUCGAGAACCUCUGGAGACCCUUCCUCCGUAGCCAGAAGGUUCCUAUCCCCAUGACUGAGGGCCUGGACCCAGUCUCCAUGCUGACGGACGAUGCCACCAUCGCCAAGUGGAAUAACGAGGGGUUGCCAGGCGAUAAGAUGUCCACAGAGAACGCCACCAUCCUGACCAACUGCGAGCGCUGGCCCCUCCUCAUCGACCCCCAGCUUCAGGGCAUCAAGUGGAUCAAGAGUCGCUACGGCAACGGCCUCAGGGUCAUCAGCCUGGGAGAGAAAGGGUAUGUGGAUGUGAUAGAACAGGCAGUGGUGACAGGAGACCCGGUGCUGAUAGAGAACCUGGAGGAGACGGUGGAUCCUGUCCUAGACCCCCUGCUGGGGCGCCACACCAUCAAGAAGGGCAGGUGUAUCAAAGUGGGGGAUAAGGAGUGCUUCUUCCACCCGAGCUUCCGUCUCAUCCUGCACACCAAGCUGGCCAACCCUCACUACAAGCCUGAGAUCCAGGCCCAGACCACCCUCAUCAACUUCACCGUCACCCGCGACGGACUGGAGGACCAGCUGCUCGCCCAGGUGGUCAACCUGGAGCGGCCCGACCUGGAGCACCUGAAGUCGGAGCUGACUAAACAGCAGAACACAUUUAAGAUUGAGCUGAAGCAGCUGGAGGAUGAGCUCCUCACACGCCUGUCUGCCGCCGAGAGCAACUUCCUGGGAGACAACGUCCUCGUGGAGAAGCUGGAGACCACCAAAACACACAGCCGCAGAAAUAGAUGA